CCCAUCCACAAUUCAACAACAUCCUAACCGUCAGCUGCCCCUCAUCAUAGAGCACACACCAUGGAGGGCCUGCUCGCUGAGAUCAACAACAAGAAGAAAGACCUCUCCUCAGGCGACAAGUACCUACGCCGCGGCGAAGCCCAGCGUGCAAAGGAAGAGGAGGAAGCGCGGCGGCGAGAGGAAGCCCGCAAACGUAGGGCUGAGGAAGCUGACGCGGGGUCCUCAGAACGCGCGUCGAAGUUGCGUAAGGAAGCGGACGCCGCACGCAACGCAUCACUCGCACGCUUGCGCGAGUCGCGCAAGCCAACUCCUACAUCCACGGCGGGCUCUCCAGCUCCCGAGGAAGAGAAGGAACGCUACAACCUCUCUCCAGAUGAGUGUAUCCGGCGUUUGCGAUUGUACGGCCAGCCAAUCCGUCUAUUUGGCGAGACGGACCGAGACCGGCGAGUACGACUGCGCGCGAUCGAGCUAGAGGAGGAUCGGGGGGACAAGAAGAAGUCGCGGCAGGACGACUUCAAACGCGCUGUAGCAGAACGUGAGCGCGAGGAAGCGGAACGACGCGCGCGCGGUGAGGUUGUCAAGACGGAGGACAAGAAUGUGGAGAAGAUGAAGAAGUACACGGAGGGCGGGCCGAUCGAUCUCGAUCUGAUCAAGACCGACUUCAAGGCACUACACCCGCUGAUCUACUGGUAUUUCAAGGCGCUUCUCAAGGAAUGGGAGGAGUAUCUUGAGGCACGCGACGACGAAGUGAAGAGAACCGCGCAGGGCAAGCUCGCUGUCGCAAACCACGCCCAGAGUGCGCAGAACCUGAAGCCCUUGUUCCGCGGUUUGAAGAACCGCGAUCUCGCUGAAGAUGUCGUGCGUCAUCUUGCGGAGGUAGUCCACUUCUGCCAACGCCGGCUGUACUCAAAGGCGCAGGACGCAUACCUUCGCCUCUCGAUCGGUAACGCGGCGUGGCCUAUUGGCGUCGUGUCCGUCGGCAUCCACGAACGCUCGAACCAGGGCAAGAUCUCGGACAAUGUCGCGCACGUCCUCAACGACGAGGUGUCGCGCAAAUACAUCCAGGCGGUGAAGCGUCUCAUGACCUUCGCGCAGACGGUGCGCCCGCCAGACUCGAUUGCACAGAUGAUGGGGUAGAUGUUGUAUGCAUUACUAUGUACGAUACGGAUGUUCUG